AUGUAUCCAACAGAAAGUAUUUACAACCUUAUUCCAAGGGAGGAGGUUAAAAUGGAGAAACCACCAAGGUAUGGCUGACUGUGAACUACCUAUAGCUACGUAACUGUAUGUAGGCUACAUUGUAGCUAGCUAAACUUAUUUGCACUGCACACAGCCGAUGGCAUUUUUACUGUACCCAGCUAGCCACAUGUAUUUAUUUAGCCUAUGUUUCUGUGUAUUAGGAAUGUGUGGGGAUACUUUGUUGCCACAACCUGCACAGUGAAUAAGACUGCACCACUGUGCACAGGGCUUCUGACUCAUGACAUGUCCUGUAAUGAUAUAUCAAUCUUCUCUUUUCUCUUUUAUUGUCAAGGUAUAAAUCAAAGUUUAGGGCACAAGUUAAGCAUGAGAAAAUGCUGAAUAAGGCUACCAACAAGACUAUGGGACCAGCAAAAGUAGACGUGCCCUCUCCAGAGAAAUAUCUGCUAAAGCACUCCAAGGAACCCAAACUUCCUGAAAGUAAGCAAUAGGAUGAGAAUACAUCUCAAUAUCACUUUGUUUGGAGGUCAUUUCCUAACUCUGUGUUUAUAUUGUUAAACCCUUAGAGCAACCAUUUUCAUAUUUGGAUGAUGAGACUCUCAAAAAACCACAAAUACCUGCCAAAGCGGACAACCCACUUAUGGGCAUUCACACCAAAAAGGACUUUGUAAAGACAAAUGCCUUUGAGAACAUCAUGGCAGUGCCAAAAAAGCCACAGCCUAUCUACGCCGACACUAAAACUGGAGACAAACAGCUCCUGGAAAAUUCAGGACUAGUCCCAAAGUACAUCAAGAAAAAGGUGAAUUUAUCACUACAUAUGAAAAUACUGCUUUUGCUUUGUCCGUCAAGCAGGUAGUGAAUUUUUCCAAGAUUUUGAUUGCUAUUCUAAGUAAGAUGCUUAUAUGCUUCUUGCACAAAGACUGGACUCUCAAUCUAUGUGAACUGAACUGAAGAGCCCAACAUAACUAUUUGCCCAUCCCCUCCCUAGGACUUUGGAAAGACCCCUGAGUACCUGCAGCAGCGCACUGAGGAGGUGAGGAGGGCUCAGGAUGAGUAUGACUGCUUUGUCAAGGAGCGCAUGAGACAGGGCGCCAUGAAACAGCUCUCUGAGGAUGAGCGAAACAACAUCCUACAGGUAAACCUCUUAGGUCCUUAGAACCAAGCCAAUAUAAUCUGACCUAGAAUAGAUCAUAAAGAUGCAUUACAUUCAUGUAUGUGUUUUAGUUGAUUAGUAAUUUAGAUAAGGUUAAAUAUUUGAACAAUGUAUCAAAUGAUGAAUACGCUUACAAAUUCUGAUAAGCACCAGCAUACAUUCAAAUUUAAUGAAGGAUGUGAGGGGUAAGAUUUGUGUUGGUUAAUUUUUUGGAACUCGCAAGGACAAUCCCAUUACUUUUUUAAAACUAUUUUAUUUAUGAUUUUAAAAAAAAAUUACAAAACAUCCACAUACAAACGAUAACAUACAGACGCACACAAACAUCCACGUCACCCCUGCCCAGACCCACCUGCUCAUACCACCAUCUCCAGCGCUGCAUCACUCUCCGCCACAUGGCCUCAAACUGCACCAUUUUGUUUCUCUCCAUCGCCCACUCACUUAACAUUUGGAUAAUAAAGCAUUUGACCUUUCCAUUGUGUUUAACAACAAUGGAGGAUUGGUUGAUUUCCAGUUAAGUAUACAGGUAUCUCACUGCACCCUCAUAUGCCAUGUCUUGAAAUAUUGAGACAGACGGAUUAAAAGUAAAUGUACAUUGUAGUACUUCUGACAGCCAACAUUCUAACUCCACCCAUAACUUUUGGACUUCAUAGCAUUCCCAGAAGGCAUGGAUUAUUGAGUCAUUGUUCGUUUUAUACUUAAGACAUGACUCUGCCGUUGUGCUGUAGAAUUUGUGAAUUUUGUCUCGUGUAAUAAAUGAUAUACAUUAGUUUAUACUGGAUUAAGCGUACAUUUUCGUUAGUUAUGUUCCAACAUUCCCUCCAUCAUGUGCUAAUAUCAGUUAUUUUUAAGUCUUAGUUCCAGUAGUUUAUAUUUUUUUCUAAGAGAUUGUCAAUUGGAUAGGCUCUCUGCAAGGUUUUUCUAUAUCUUACCUAGCAUAUGAAAUCCUUUUCUGACUCAAAUAGGGUUCCCUCAAGUUUGCUCUGAUGUCCAAAAGAUUUCAAAUCGAAAUUUCUUGGUAUGAAACUUACGUUGCAUGUGUUUGAAAAUAUCUACGUUGGUCAGUCCAAAAUUGUUUUUUAAUUCUGUCAUGGAAAUAAAUGUAUUUCCUAUUACCAAGUCAUUUAUGCCUUUAGUUUUCCAUGUGGACCAAUUUAUCAGUGAAUUCUGAAAAGAUAUUGAAGUAUUGUUCCAUAGGCUUGUAUUUUUAGGGAAUGAUAUUGGUUAUUGUAGAAUACGUUUCAUUUUCUUCCAUAUUGUUAUAGUGUUCUUAACUAUGAAGUUGUUAAUGUUCUUAGCUUUAUGCUUAGAAAAUAGAUGUAAAAAGAUUCUGGGGAUGAGCAUGCACAUCUUUAAUAUGUACCCAUUGUUCCUCUUUAGUGCAUUUAACUACAUGUAUAUGUCGCAAGUAAAUGCCCUGGGUGGCGAGUUGAUACAAUUCCAAGUCUAGCAGGUUAAAACCACCCUCUGACUUAGGAAGAUGUAAAACAUACCUUUUUAUUCUAUGAGUUUUCUUAUAUAAUUGUAUCAAUGAACAUUACUUGGUCAUCUAUUUGAUUCCUUUUACUGUUUCCUCCCUAUUAAUGAGAUGUAUACUUGGUCUCUUAUGACCAAGUAUACUUUUUUAAGCUGUCUUUGGUGGGGUAAUUAGUAUUACCGAGAAUAAAUAUUACGCUGACAUGCACGGGCUCAUUGAUAAUUCAUUGUUCCUGAGCAAGAAUGGAAAUCUCAUCUCCCUUGCCUGUGUGAUUGACGGGUCAUCCUCUGUCCAGGGCUUGAAGAUGAACUGGGGGGAGCUGCACCAUCAGUACCAGGGACUCUCUGUUGUCACGGACACCACCCCCAAGAAGUACCGCAAGGAGCGUCUGGAGCUGGAGAUGAAGCAGCUGGAGAGGGACAUUGAUCGCAUUGAGAGAUACAAGACUAUCUACAUCGCCAACAACUAACACAUGACACCUAUUUUCUUUAGUGGCAAAUGCAUUGUAAACAGAUAUUCAGUGAAGAAAAAAACUGCCCUAACUGCUAGAUAUGAAAUUGUCUGGCAAAUAUUAAUAUCCCUCUCUCUAUCCCUGUCUAUGAUUUCACUUUGUUUUGGAAAACUAAAUAAACUCCCUGCACUAUAUUAUAAGAUAUUUAGAUGUAAUUGAAUCUCAAACACAACACAUCAGUAUUUUAUGUUCUGUUUUUGUUUAUUUGUUCAUUCAAUAUGGUAUAAGCGUUUUUUGAAGGUGCCUAUAAACUGUUUAUAAAUGUUACUACAUACUAUGUUCAUGAUGUAAUCCUUGAAGUUCAUUAUACAAGAGCCGAAAUGAGCAAAUGCAUAUCAAAUUAGUCACAUUUCCUUUGUAGCAACUGUGCCUACAGGAAAUCACAUGCAGCUGAUUAUGCACCCCUGUGGAUGUCUGAUUGUGCCACUCAGUGGUCUAUUCAGAAGGACUGUAAUACAACAACCACCUGUUUUUAGUCACACUAAUGACUUCAACAUGACCAGACAGCAUGCUUGUCUUGUUGGCUAGUUUAGAGUUUCAGCCUAAAAUUCCACCAGGAAUCUUUACUUAAAAAGUGAAAAGGGUAAGGGACAGAAUAAAAAAGAAAAGUUCUCAUUAAACAGGAUUAACUUCAGAACUAAGCAUUUUUGGUAAAUACAGUGAGCUCCAAAAGUAUUG